UCUCUUAUCUGUUUCAGAUGUUGGAAUUUCCCAAGCGGGCCAACUUUUUAUAAAUGUCCGGGGCGGUCCCGUUCCGGUCGGUGACAAUCAAGGGGCCGGCAUGGACACCGACUUUCAUGUUUGCCAUGCCGGCGUGGCAUCAUUGUGUUCAACAGAGAAGCUUUCGAUAAAUAGGUACGCGGCCCGCAAGUCUAUCUAGCAAUCUCUCGACCAAGCUUCUAGUAAACUCUCACGAAAAGGUUAACCUUAACCCCGAAUACACCCAACAUGCCAUCCGAUGCAAAGCCAUCAACUUCAGGCCGAAGAACCCUGGCCAUCUUCGGCGCAACCGGCCGCACCGGGAGCGAGACGCUGAAAGCCCUUCUUGCCAAGCCCACAAAUCCCUUUUCUCACAUGAAGGUCUUUGUCCGCUCUCGCGAAAAGCUCAUCAAAACCUUUCCCCAAUUCAAGACAGAUCACGACGUCGAAAUCAUCGAGGGUCAAGUCACCGACGAGGCCCGCGUCAAAUCCUGUCUCAUCGGCGCCGAUACAAUCAUCUGCGCUCUGGGCGAGAACGAUAACAAGCCAACCGUCAGCGUUCUGCAAGAUUCGACGGAGACAAUCGUCUCAGCACUGAAACAGCUGAGAAAGGAAGGGGGAGCAGACUGGAAGAAGCCAUGGUUCAUCCUCCUCUCCUCCGCAACAUGGAAUGAGCGAUUCUCCGCGAGGCAGCCGUGGCUCGUGAGAUGGAUGAUCCAGAACGCCUUCUACUGGCCCUAUGCGGAUCUGCGCAAGGCGCACGCAAACCUGCAGGCUGAGCCGGAGCUGUUGCUACUGUUGUUGGUGCAGCCGCCCGCCAUCAUCGAUGAAGAGGCGAGCGGGCACACCAUCAGCACGGAGUCAGUUGGCCUUGCGUGCUCGUAUCCGGAUCUUGGCACGGCAUUCGCGGAGCUGGCAACCGAGGAGGCGUACAAGGAGACCAGUGCCGUUGGUGUCACAUCUGGCAUGGCGAAGGCGGGCUUCUCGAGAUAUGGGCCCGAAAUUCUCCCUAGAGUCAUCUUUGGACUGAUGGCUAGUUUUAUUCCGGGUGCUUGGAGGGUAGUGCCAAGUGUAUGAGAAUUGAAAGUAAUUCACAGGUAGCGUUGAUAGAUUACAUUUGACAUGGCGCAGCUAUUCAGGGCCAUGCAAGAUUCUAUAAUACCGUCAUACUCAAACAACUAGACUCGCUGAAUAGUGAGCAUACCCUUGAGGAGAGACUUCAUCAUACCAGG